AUGUCAAUAUUCUUGAUUUUAUUAUUAAUAAAUUGUUGUUUUGGAGCUGAGAAAUUAUCAAAAUAUAAUGCUGAUCCAAGUGAAACAUCUGUUUCUGGUUUAUCUUCUGGUGCUUUUUUUGCUACACAAAUGCAAAUUGCAUUUUCUGAAUCUAUAAAAGGUGCUGGUAUAGUCGCUGGUGGACCAUAUGAUUGUGCAGCACAAACGAGUUAUACAAGUUGUAUGUAUUCUAGUAAUCCAUCUAUAACAAAAUCAAUAUCAAAUACAAAAUCAUGGAGUGGAAAUAAAAUUGAUGAUAUUAAAAAUCUUUCAAGACAAAAAGUUUAUAUGAUAUCUGGAACUUCAGAUACAACUGUUAGUGUUUCUAUUAUGAAUCAAUUAUAUAAAUAUUAUGUUACAGAGGGUCAGUUUAUUCCAAGUGAAAAUGUUGUUUUUAAAAAAGAUUUAAAAGCUGCACAUACAUUUCCAACUGAUUUUGAUAGUACUGGAAAUAAUCCUUGUACAACAGCAAGUAGUCCUUAUGUUAGUAAUUGUGGAUUUGAUGGAGCAGAAGCUAUUUUAAAACAUAUUUAUGGACCUUUAAAAGCAAAAAAUACUGGAUCAUUAACUGGUAAAUUUAUUGAAAUUGAUCAAUCAGAAUUUUUAACUAAUCCAAGAAGUUCUGGAAUGAGUAUGACAGGAUGGGUUUAUGUACCAAAAAGUUGUGAUAAUGGAGAAGUUUGUAAAUUACAUAUUGCAUAUCAUGGAUGUUUACAAGGAUAUGAAAAAAUUGGAGAUAAAUAUGUAAAAAAUACAGGAUAUAAUCGAUGGGCUGAUACAAAUAAUAUUAUAGUUCUAUAUCCACAAGCUGUUGCAACAACUACAAGAUCUUUAACAGAUCGAGCACCAUUUCCAAAUAUGAAUGGAUGCUGGGAUUGGAUUGGAUGGUAUGGAACUGAUUUUAAUCAUAAAACUGGAAAACAAUCAGCUGCAAUGAAAAAAAUGAUUGAUCGUGUUGUUAGUGGAUUUAACCCUAUUGAUCCACCAACACAACUUAAAAUUGAUAGUAUUACUGAUAAUUCUAUUUCACUUUCAUGGAAUCAAGUUAUAGGUGCAUCUGGUUAUAAUAUUUAUAGAAAUGGACAAAAAGUUAAUCAAUUCAUUAUUACUGAUAAUAAAUUUCUUGAUAAUAAUUUAAAUUCUGGCUCAACAUAUACAUUUAUUGUUAAAAGUCUUUCAUCUCAAGGUACUGAAAGUAUAUCUUCAAAUACAGUUACGGGAAAAACAACAGGUGAAUCACCAUCUGUAGAAGUACCAAAUGGAUUAGCUAUUACUGAUAUUACUUUAAAUUCUAUUAGUUUAUCAUGGGCACCUAGUUUAACUGCAGAACAAUAUAAUAUUUAUCGUAAUGGAAAUAAAAUAGCAACUGUUAGUUUAACAACAUAUAAAGAUAUUAAUUUAAAUUCAAAUACUGAAUAUAAAUAUCAAAUAACAUCAUUAAAAGAUUCACAAGAAAGUGAAAAAUCUCUUGAGGUCAAAGCAAAUACACUUAUGGAAAAAGUAUGUUUUAAUGAUAAUAACUAUAAUCAUGUCGUUGCAGGAAGAGCUCGUCAGAGUGGUGGUUAUGUAUUUGCUAAUGGUUCAAAUCAAAAUAUGGGACUUUAUAAUACUUUUGCAAGAACAAAUCUAUGUAAAACACAAGAUAAUCAUUAUAUUAUUGGAUAA